CUGUGGGCCAGCCUUGCCCAGGCUUAUGGCUCAGUCGUUUGAGAAGAGAGACACAGCCUGUGAACUGUUAGGAGUGAAUGCUCAGUGGAGAGUGUGGUAUUUCGAAAGGGCUUGGCACGUUUUCUGAAUGCUUCUGGCUGCCUGCCGGGCUCAGAGUUUCCUGUUUCUAGUUCCCCACAUCUGUCACAGCUGAGGAUUAAAGCCCUAAGAGGCAUCACCGGAGCCCACUUUCUCCUUUCGCUCAGCCUCUGCACAGCUGGGUCUCCUGACAAGCUGUGAGGCACCCCUUUCCUAUGUACAGACCAGACCCAAAGCUCUUUGGGAAAGAAAAGUGCAAUUAGCAACUCCAUCCAGGGCUGACUUCUAAAUGCACUUUUGUUUUUAAUAACCACCGUCAACUCAGCGGACUCCAACCAGGGACAGAAACCCUGCGGGCUGACCUUGAUUUACCACCCGCCUCGGGGCCAGCCAUUCCCAAAGCCUCCAGCCCUAAGGAAAGAGGACGGUAGAGGCGCCCCCUGAACACGGUGACUCCUUCCUAAGGAGCAGGUCACUUCCUGCGAGGCGAGGCCUUCUGCACGGUUACUGGGCUGAUUCACCCCAGGGGCCUCUGCCGGCCUUUUCUCAUCAGCAGCUGAAGUCGCCCACCCCGUUUCAGGAGAAUAUGAAAGUAUUAUUCAGGCUUGUUUGUUUCAUAGCUCUACUGACUUCUUCUCUGGAGGCUGGUAAAUGUGAGGAACGUGAAGAGGAAGUUAUUUUAGUUUCAUCUGCACAUGAAAUUGAUGCUCGUUCGUGUCCUCUUAUCCUAAGUGAACACAAAGGCCCUAUAAUUUGGUAUAAAAAUGACGGGAAGACACCUGUAUCUACAGAAAGAGACUCCAGGAUUCAUCAGCACAAAGAUAAACUUUGGUUUGUUCCUGCUGAAGUAGAGGAUUCAGGAUAUUACUACUGUGCAGUGAGCAAUUCAACUUACUGCCUCAAAACUAAAAUAGAUGCAGAGUUUGUACAGCAUGAGCCUAACUUGUGUUACAAUUCACAAGCCGUAUUUACACAGAGACUACUGAUUCCAGGAGAUGGACAACUUGUAUGUCCUUAUUUGGAUUUUUUCAAAGAUGAAAACAAUGAGUUACCCCAAAUACAGUGGUAUAAGGAUUGCAAACCUCUACUUCUUGACAAUAUAAACUUUGUUGGAAUAACAAAUAAACUCAUCAUCACGAAUGUGACUACGGCACAUAAUGGGCACUAUACGUGUCAUGCAUCCUACACACACUUGGGAAAGCAGUAUCAUGUCACCCGGGCGAUAGAACUCAUUACUCUAGUGAAAUCCAGGAACAAGAGACCUGAGAUUGUGAGUCCAGCUAAUGAGACGAUAGAAGUGGUCUUGGGAUCCUGGCUCCAAUUGAUCUGCAAUGUUACCGGCCAGUUGAGUAACUUUGUCUACUGGAGGUGGAAUGGGUCAGCAAUUAAGGAAUAUGAGCCUAUGAUGAUGGAAGAGUUUACAUACGUGCAGAAUCCUUUAAACAAAAGAAGGAGUACCGUCAUCGCACGGCUUAAUAUUACAGCAGUGGAAAGUAAAUUUUUUCUACAUCCAUUUAUCUGUUUAGCCAAGAAUACAGAAGGAAGGAGUACAGCAUAUAUCCAAUUAAUACAUCCAGAGGUCCCAGAAGGAGAAGAGAGAAAGGACCUGAGAAAAUAAUAGCUGAAAUUUAACAUGAGAAAGGAAACAGUCACCCAAUUCCAGGAAGCACAGAAGAGUCCCAUACAGGAUUAAACCAAGGAGGAACAUGCUGAGACAAAAACUGACAAAAAUUAAUGAUGAAGAGAAAAUAUUAAAAGCAACAAGGGAAACCACAUAAGCUUAUUAGUUGGUUUUUUCGGCAGAAACUCUGUAGGCCAGAAGGGAGUGGCACUGUAUAUUUACAAUGAUGUAAUGGAAAAACCUACAACCAAGAAUAAUCUACACAGCAAGUUUAUUCUUCAGAUUUGAUGGAGCAAUCAAAAGCUUUACAGAUAAGUAAAAGCUAAAAGAAUUCAGUACCACCAAGCCAGCUUUAUAAAACAUGAUAAAGGAACUUCUAUAAGCAGAAAAGGAAAGACCACAACUAGAAACAAGAAAAUUAUGUAACAGGAAAGCUCACCAGUAAAGGCAGGAGAUCAUAGACACACAAAGAUAUGAAAACCAGUAAUCACGAGAAGAGGAGUACAAAUGCAGGAUAUUUAAAAUGCAUUUGAAAUUAAGAGAUCAGCAACUUAAUACAAUAAUAUAUAUAGAGCCUGCUAUACCAAGACCUCAUGUUAACCACAAACCAAAAAUCUACAAUAGAUAUACACACAAAAAAGAAAACUAACACUAUAGGUAGUCAUCAAAUCAAAAGAGGAAAAGGAAAAAAAAAGUCCUACCAAAACAAAUCCAGAACAAUUAACAAUGGCAAUAAGAACAUACAGACUGGCUGAAUGGAUACAAAAAUAUAUGUAUUUCAUCUACCAGAGACCCACUUCAGAUCUAAAGAUAUAUACAGACAAACUGAGGGGAUGGAAAAAGAUAUACCAUGCAAAUGGUAUAAUUGAUUAUUAAUUGGUAUUAAUUGAUAAUUAUAAGAGCAUUCCAUCUGAAAGCAGGGAAUACACAUUCUUUUCAAGUGCACAUGGAACAUUCUCCAGGAUAGAUCACAUGUUGGGCCACAAAGCAAGCCUUGGUAAAUUUAAGAAAACAAAUCAUAUCAAGCAUCAUUUCCAACCACAACACUGUGAGAUUAGAAAUCAACUACAAGAAAAAAAAACACAAACAUGUGGAGGCUAUAUAAUAUGCUACUAAAGGACCAAUGGAUCACCUGAAGAAAUCAAAGAGGAAAUAAGAAAAAAAAAAACCCUAGAGACAAAUGAAAAAAACAUGUCCAUCCAAAACCUCUGGGAUGCAGCAAAGGCAGUUCUAAGAGGGAAGUUUAUAGUGAUACAAUCUUAGGAAACAAGAAAAAUCUCAAAUAACCUAAUCUAAUACCUAAAGUAACGAGAGGAAGAACAAACAAAACCCAAAGUUAGUAGAAGGAAAGAAAUCAUAAAGAUCAGAGCAGAAAUAAAGAAAAUUGAUAAACUUUUAGCCAGACUCAUCAAGAAAAAAGGGAGAUGGCCCAAAGUAAUAAAAUUAGAAACAAAAAAGUUACAACUGACACUGCAGAAAUACAGUGUCAUAAGAGGAUCAUAAGAGACUACAACAACUAGCUAUAUGCCAAUAAAAUGGAAAACCUAAAAGAAAUGGACACAGUCUUAGAAAGGUACAGUCUCCCAAGACUGAAACAGUAUGAAAUAGAAAAUAUGAACAGACCAAUUACAAGUACUGAAAUUGAAUCUGUGAUUUUAAAACUCCCAACAAACAAAAGUUCAGGGCCAGAUGGCUUCACAGGCGAAUUCUACCAAAUAUUUAGAGAAAAGGUUAUGCCUAUCCUUCUGAAACUAUUCCAAAGAAUUGCAGAGGAAGGAACACUUCCAAACUCAUUCUGUGAGGCCCCCAUCACCCUGAUACCAAAACCAAAGAUGCCACAAAAAAAGAAAAUUACAGGCCAAUAUCCCUGAUGAAUAUAAAUGCAAACAUCCUCAAAAAAUACUAGCAAACUAAAUCCAACAAUACAUUAAAAGGAUCAUACACCAUGAUUGAGAGGGAUUUAUCCCAGUGAUGCAAGGGUUUUUUGGUAUCCACAAAUCAAUCAAUGUGAUACACCACAUUAAUAUCUUGAAGAAUAAAACCCAUAUGAUCAUCUUAAUAGAUGCAGAAGAAGCUUUUGACAAAAUUCAACACCAAUUUAUGAUAAAAACUCCCCAGAAAGUGAGCAUAAAGGGAACAUAACAUAAAAGUCAUAUAUGACAAACCCACAGCUAACAUUAUAAUCAACACUGAAAAGCUAAAAGCAUUUCCUCUAAGAUUUCCUCAGGAACAGUACAAGGAUGCCCACUCUUGCCACUUUUAUUCAACAUAAUUUUUGGAUUCCUAGCCAGAGCAAUCAGAGAAGAAAGAGAAAUAAGAGGAAACCAAAUUGGAAAAGAAGUAAAACUGUCACUGUUUGCAGAUGACACGAUACUGUACGUAGAAAAUGCUAAAGAUGCUACCAGAAAACUACUAGGGCUCAUCAAUGAAUUUGGUAAAGUUGCAGGAUAGAAAAUUAAUACAUAGAAAUCUAUUGCAUUUCUAUACACUAACAGAUCAGAAACAGAAAUUUAGGAAACAAUGCCAUUUAUCAUCACAUCAGAAAGAAUAGAAAGAAUAAAAUACCUAGGAAUAAACGUACCUAAGGAGGCAAAAGACCUGUACCCCGAAAAGUAUCAGACACUGAUGAAAGAAUUUGAAAAUGACACAAACAGAUGGAAAGAUAUACCAUGUUCUUAGAUUGGAAGAAUCAAUAUUUUCAAACUGACUGUACUACCCCAGGUAAUUUACAGAUUCAGUGCAAUCCCUAUCAAACUACCAAUGGUAUUUUUCCCAGAACUAGAACAAAAAAAUUUUAAAUCUCUAUGGAAACACAAAAGACCCUGAAUAGCCAGAGGAAUCUUGAGAAAGAAAAAGAGCUGGAGGAAUCAGGCUCUCUGGCUUCAGACUAUACUGAAAAGCUACAAUCAUCAAAACAAUAUGGUACUGUCACAAAAACACAAAUAUAGAUCAAUGGAACAGGAUAGAAAGCCCAGAAAUAAACCCACACACCUGUGGUCAAUUAAACAAAGGAAGCAAUAAUAUACAGUGGAGAAAAGACAAUCUCUUCAAUAGGUGGUGCUGGGAAAACUGGACAGCUACAUGUAAAAGAAUAAAAUUAGAACAUUCAUUAACACCCUAUAUAAAAAUACUCAAAAUGGAUUAAAAACCUAAACGUAAAGCCAGAUACUAUAAAACUCCUAGAGGAAAAUAUAGGCAGAACAUUCUUUGACAUAAAUCACAGGAAUAUUUUUUCCAAUCCAUCUUCUAGAUAAUGCCAAUAAAAACAAAACCAAAUGGGACCUAAACUUUAAAAGCUUUU